AUGGAAUCUUUUGGCGCAGAAUUCCCGCGAGUAUAUCUUGACAGUGGAUUUAAGGGCUGGUUCGUGUCGACGCUUUUGCUUGCCGCUUGGCUGGGGUCAUUGGUCAACGGUCCGAUUGCCGACCGGUUUGGCCGCAAGGGAUCAAUGCUGGCGGCCGUAGUCGUCUUUGUCUUGGGGUCGGGUCUCCAAGCUGGUGCUCGAUCAAUUGGCGUUCUGUUUGCAGGUCGUGCAAUUGCAGGAUUUUCAAUAGGCAUGUUGACCAUGAUUGUGCCCAUGUACAUGUCGGAAGUUUCAACUCCAGGUAUUCGAGGGACCUUGGUCGUUCUCCAGCAGUUGAGCAUCACGCUUGGCAUUCUUGUCAGUUACUGGCUGGAAUACGGCACGCAGUACAUUGGCGGGACACGAUGUGCUCCUGAUAUCCCUUACACGGGUGGCGCCGAGUCGAACCGCGAAUUCGACCCCAGACACGACGUCGGCCCAAACGGCUGUACCGGUCAAAGCGGAGCAGCGUGGAGAGUUCCGUUUGCGCUGCAAAUCGCGCCUGCUUUAAUCUUGGGCGCGGGCAUGAUCUUCUUCCCGGAAUCGCCUCGGUUCUACCUCAUGCGCAAGAGCGAAGAGAAGGCACUCGGUGCGCUGGGCCAGCUCCGACGCGUCCACCCGGAUUCAGAUACCCUACGUGAGGAAUAUCUGGCAAUCAAGGCAGAAGUUCUUUUUGACGAAUCCGUGGCACGGGACAAGUUCCCCGGCCAGCGUGGUGUUUCUCUCUACCUAUCACAAUAUGCAUCCCUCGUUUCCACAUGGCCAAACUUGAAGCGACUGCUCGUAGGCUCCGGGACCAUGUUUCUUCAACAAUUCAUGGGCUGCAACGCGUUGAUUUACUACGCGCCCACCAUAUUCGGGCAAUUGGGACUGUCGGGGAAUACCACCUCACUGCUGGCAACGGGCGUCUACGGCAUCGUCAACACAUUGUCCACUCUGCCGGCCGUGUUCCUCAUUGACAAGGUGGGCAGACGACCUCUGCUCAUGUGCGGUGCCUUUGGGACGUUUGUGUCUCUCGUCAUUGUCGGCGCCAUCGUCGGCGCGCACGGCUCCAAUCUCCAGUCGCACAAGGCGGCUGCCUGGACGGGCAUCGCAUUCAUCUACAUCUACGACAUUAACUUUUCGUAUUCCUUUGCGCCCAUCGGCUGGGUCCUGCCGUCUGAAAUUUUCAACCUCGGCAGCCGGUCCAAGGCCAUGGCGAUUACGACCAGCGCCACGUGGAUGUGCAACUUCAUCAUCGGCCUCGUGACGCCGGACAUGCUGGACAACAUCAAGUGGGGGACAUACAUCUUCUUUGCGUGCUUCUGCCUCAUAGCCCUGGCGUUCACGUACUUUUUUAUCCCGGAAACCAAGGGCAAGAGUCUCGAAGAUAUGGAUGUCGCAUUUGGAGACACGGCCGCCCACGAAGAAAAGAUGAGGCUGUUCAGUAUCGCGGCUACCCUGGGUCUGACUACACCCGUGCCGGAGGAGAAGAUUGAAGCCGCGAGGGGAGAGAUGGAAGAGUAUGCCUAG